CAGUACCAUGCGUGCGCGGGGACAGACGGGGAGUGCAGUAAAGUGAAGUUCGUGGUCGUGGUCCAAAAGUCAGUUAAUCUAUUUGCCAGCUCAACAUAUAGACACCGCCAACAGAUGUUGGCAGAGCUGAAAAUCACGCAAGCCGAGCAGAAGUAAACUUCUGCAGAAAGAGAGAGAGGGAGAGAAAAACGCCAAAACGCAAUCCAGAGGACUUCCAAAUGUCGUGCAUGCAACAUCUUGUGGCGCUGCUGGCGCUGUGCCUGAGCCUGGGUGCCGUGGCAGCGAGCAGCAACCACCUGCCAGGCGGUGUAAACCUCAACGAGAGGUUCUUCAAUCAGGUGAGGGCGCUCAUCAAGCGUCGCAUGCAGGAGAAGAACGUGCAGGUACAGCCCCCACUCGUGGACGAUGAGGUGGCGCUGCAGAAUCAACGCAGCUACGACAAUGUGCCCAUUCCGGCCGCCAGUGUGCCCACACCGGUGCUCGUGGAGAAUUGGCCCACCGAGCAGCACAGCUUUGGUCAGGUCACCGCCGUCUCUGUGGAUCCGCAGGGCAAUCCCGUUAUUUUCCAUCGCGCCGAACGCUACUGGGACGUUAACACCUUCAACGAAAGCAAUAUCUACUACCUCAUCGAGUAUGGGCCGAUCAAGGAGAAGACCAUCUACUUGCUGGACUCCAAAACGGGCGCCAUCAAGUCGGGUUGGGGUUCGAAUAUGUUCUAUAUGCCACAUGGCAUGACAAUUGAUAUUCAUGGCAAUUAUUGGAUUACGGAUGUGGCCAUGCAUCAGGCAUUUAAGUUUAAGCCCUUUGGCAGCAAGCCGCUGCUGACAAUUGGCAAACGCUUUAGGCCCGGCUCCUCCGUCAAGCAUCUGUGCAAGCCGACAUCCAUAGCUGUGGCCACCACGGGAGAGUUCUUUAUUGCCGAUGGCUAUUGCAACAGUCGCAUCCUGAAAUUCAAUGCCGCUGGCAAGCUGCUGCGCACAAUUCCACAGCCACCAGAGUUUCUCUCGCUGCAAGUGCCGCAUGCCAUUACUCUCUUGGAACACUUGGAUCUGCUGUGCAUUGCUGAUCGCGAGAACAUGCGCGUUGUCUGUCCCAAAGCUGGCUUGAAGUCUUCCCAUGGCGAGGGUGAGCCCGCAGCUACCAUACAGGAACCCGACUUGGGUCGCGUGUUCGGCGUUGCCAGCUAUGGCGACAUUGUGUUUGCCGUGAAUGGACCCACUUCGAUGCUGCCCGUGUGUGGCUUUACCAUUGAUCCGCGCUCCGAGGCCAUCAUUGGGCACUGGGGUGACUUUAAGAAUCCGCACUCCAUGGCCGUCAGUGUGAAUGGUUCGGCGUUGUAUGUCACGGAGAUUGGCAACAAUCAUCAGACAAAUCGCGUGUGGAAAUAUGUGUUGGCCUAAGUCCCACACUGAAACCCAAAAAGCCCACAAAGCUCUCCUGCAUAUCCCCAUAACUGUGCUUAAAACCCUAGAAAUAGUAAACAAAAAAUAGAAGCAAACAGAAACAGAAACAAAUAGCUAACAAAACAGAAGCAGGACACAAAGAUACAUAUUUAAUUGUAAUAGUUAUUGUUAGAUGUAACAAUGUAAACUCUCGUACAUAAGUAUGUAUGUAAAUUUGCUUGACACAUACCACAACAAACAUAACCUCAGAUAUUUAUGUUUUUCUUGCACUUGUAAUGAGCAAAAAACGGGCCUCAAAAACCGUAUUACAAAGCAGGCAGCCUUUUGAUUGAAUAGUACUGAUAUGCAUGUACCGUACUGUACUGUAUUCGUUAAACAUAAACUAGGCACGAGUGUGGGUUGGUGGGAGAAUGCGCUUUAGACUAAACCUAAAACCAUAACAUAACCAAACAAAACACACAGAGACAGCGGGAAGAGAGCACUUGGAGCGGACACACGAAAGUAAACACGAAAUAAUGUACCAUAUAUAGUAAUCUAUGUAACCAGCAUAUAUAUCUACAUAUAUCUUAUGUAUAACUUAACGAAAUUUAUUAUUAUAACCAAAAUGUACAUUAUGUAUGUAAUAAAGUGUUGUUGUUGUAACGUAUACUACUACAGCCCCAUAAACAAA